AUGUACAGCACCCAAUCGACUUCCAUUUCCCGACGUGUAAUCACCGUCUGGAUACUCUUGUUCGCGCUCACUGCCCUUGCUAUGGCGUCGCCUGCACCUAUUCCGGAACCUGUUGCUGAACCUGCUCCAGCGCCGAUAGAACCUGCACUCGCACAGGUCAUUGGAAGUAAUAUGAACCUUUCAUGCCAGCACGGAUGUCCCGCUGCCGCCAGUGCAAAUCAACUUGAGUCAGCCAAUGGUGCAUCUUCGUCAAGAGCCAGCACAUUCUCCCUUAUGGGAGCUAUUGUGCUGACCGGGGGACUUCUAACCGCACUAUAA